CAGGCAGUGCGUUGGGGAACCUUGGGCCUUGAGUGAGCAGCUGGAAGGUCCUCCGGAGAGUGACAGAAGCAACGAGAGAUGGGCAGAAGGAGGCCGUCACGGAGCGCGGCCCGCAGGCGAGGCGGCGCUAUGGCGAGAAGCUCAGAUUUAUCCACACAUUGCAGUGCGGUUUUAUGAAAUCUGCUCAUCAGAUUUCUGAGGAGUUGAAUGCACAGAGGAAGAUUUUCACUGUCUCUUUGGAUUGCUGCCAUCACUGUGACUUCCUGAUCAUCAGACACCAUGUACUGCCUCCAGUGGCUACUGCCUGUUCUCCUUAUCCCAAAGCCCCUCAACCCAGCAUUGUGGUUCAGUCACUCAAUGUUCAUGGGCUUCUACCUACUGAGUUUCUUGUUGGAGCGGAAACCUUGCACAAUCUGUGCCUUGGUCUUCUUGGCCGCCUUGUUCCUUAUCUGCUAUAGCUGCUGGGGGAACUGCUUCUUGUAUCACUGCUCUGGCUCCCAGCUGCCGGACUCUGCUCACGAUCCUAGCAUAGUUGGCACCUAGAUCCCUCCACUUGGUUGCAAGCUCCUCUUCCUUUUUGUUUUCUUUUAAAAGAACUGUUCUAUGAGAUGGAGGAAUUAUAAGGCAUGUGAUUGGAGUACAAGCAACCUAUCUCUGUGUCUCGAUUAAAAGUGUUUCAUCCAUGAUCAGUUACCCUCCCACAAUCUGCCUGUAAAAUUUGACAAAAGCUGUCUAUGGUGAUAACUCUGGUGUUAACAUCUGUGUUGGGGUUUGAAGCCAUGCGGUUUAUAGGGGUGGGGUGGGGGGGGUUGGCUUGUGCUCCUGCCUUCUGUAUUGUCAGAAAUAGGCUCUCCUAGCUCUGACCGGGUGGUGAAUUGAAUUUUUAAAUGUUAUGUGAUAUUGGAGUUGAAUUUGUCUGACUCCUUGUCCAGCUCAAGCUGCAGCACGGCCUUCUCAAAUGCAUGGCCUCUGACUUUGUUUGAAGAGCCAGGAAGCCUUUUUCCCAUCUUGCUUUUGGUCUUCAUCACCUGGAACAUCUGAGGGAGAACUUGCAUAUGGCUAAGAAGCAUGGAAGCUGCUGGAUCCAGAGGCUGCGAUUCACAUCGGCUAGCCAGAAUGGAAUAUGUGCACUGCCAGAGUGUUUUCCUCAACUAUGUAUCUGCCUAGAUCACAGCUCUAAAAUCCCAGAGCCAUCAUGAUUAGGGGUGUGAGAGAAAAUGGUAUUUUGGGGGUUUGAACCCGGAAAAUAUUGGUAUUUUGUGAUAUUCCUGAAUCGCAAAUUUGGUCUGGUAUUGAGAUUUGAGAAAUAUUUGGGAUUGCCAAAUUUUUCUGGCUCCACUAUACCCUAUGAGGACCAUUAUAGUCAAUUGUCCUUAUAAGCUAUAAUGGCAAAUCAGCCUGGGGGUAACUGGGACUUGGGGGUGGUGGUGUUGUUUUUUGAAGUGGAGGCACCAAAUUUACAGCAUAGCUGCUGGUGCCUCUCCUCAAACCAGGGGGUCCAAUUUUGUGGUCCCCAGAAGAAGGGGUCUCCAUCCUUCUUUGUUUCCAGUGGAGGAGGGGGAGGUGUUUAAAGGGAUGUUGUCCCUUUAAAUGCCUUCUCCAAGCUGUAGUGCAAUUCUGCACCUUGGCAAAUGAAUGCCAAAGGCAUUUAAAUGAAUUGCAGUCCAUUGAAAUGCCUAAGUGUUCACUCUGAAAGCAUUUAAAUGGACUGAGAGCCCUUUAAAUGCCCUGUAACUGUGGCUGUCUUGCAGCCCUGAAAAAUCCUGAAUAUUUUUGUUUUUUCCCCCAGGGUGGCCUUUUUAAAAUAGCCAAAUCUUCAAUAGGUAUCAGCUGAGAAGAUACCCAAGAAAUACCAAUAAGGUAUUUAUUGGGAGGUUUUUUGGCUUGGUUUAUACCAAGUGCACACCCCUAGUCAUGAUGCCACUUUUACAUCACAGGUACGGAAAGCUUGUCUUGUUCUACCAUACCCUUUCCCAGCCAGAUAUUCAUGGUUUAAUGAAGUGUUGAGUUGGCAAGAAGCAUGCUUUGUUUUUAUGUUUGGGGAUCCCUUUUUAGCAUUCUUUUUGUCAUUUUUAAGCUUUCCAUAUAUCUAGCUUGAAGAAGCAUUGUGCUGGCAAGGGGGGGGGGGGAUUAAAUGUUCUGGACUUGACAUGGGAGGUGGUUUUUGCUUCUGAAUACUGAAUUGGACCUGUCAUUUGAGUGACACUUCACCCCCCCCCCCUUUGAAGCGAAGAGUAUUAUUGUCCUUUGUCACAAGCACUUGAGGUGCUGCUUACAUGCAUGGGAGGAAGGAAGUAACAAAUGACUUCCUUCUUUUCUGCCCUUUUUUACCCCCAGCCCCAGUUUGCAUUUUCCUUCACAAUGAUUCUGGGAAGCCAUUUGGAGCUUUCUGGAUUAUAGCUUUAUUGUUCCCUGUUUGCCGUUUGUUUUCUUGCACAUCAGCAGUUUCCAGAUCUCUUGUUCUGCCUUCCCUAGCAAAUGUUUACUUGUGCAAGAAACAUAAGCUAGUCCUUGUGGAGGGCUAGCACACUUCUCGCCCACCCCCCACUUGUAACUUUUCAAGGUUACGUUCUUGUUUGCUGCCCAUUAGUCUCCACACAAUCUUCCCCUGGAGGAGCAUUGCUGGAAAGGCUUUUCUCUCCCACAGGAGCUGGAACUGAGAAAUCAAUUGUGAAACCUCCAGAGAUAUUUUCGUUUGUUUUUAUUUGUUCAUUGCACAGCUGUUCAAAAGGUUUAAUAAAGCUUUAUAAACUUUGA